AUUGUUUUGGAGCAGAGGAAUCGUGCUAUACGCAGCCGAGGCUUUUGCAAGAAAUCUGCACGAUUUUGCAGCAACAGAUUGCUAGGAAUAACAACUCAUUCUUUCAGAAUCAAGCAAAUCAAAUUAAAUUUUCACGAAAAGAAAGCCAAGUCAUUUCCAUGUGCCGAAAGAAAAGUCUGACGUGAUGGCACGAUGAUUUUACUAAAAACAGAUUAACAUAGAGGAUUGUUCUCCUUUAAGGCUUAUUCUUAACACUUCUGAGGGACAGGGAUCAUAUUUCUCGUUUCUUUUUUCAAGACAAGGGUUUUUUUUUCCUUUCUGGAUACGGCGAACAAAAGCAUAAAAAAAUUAGACGCAUCGUGCCAAAACUGAACUCUUCUUGGAAUGCAUCUUAUUUUCACCUUCAGAUAUUCUUCUUCUCGUCAAGUUAAAACGUGCUGCUGCUAAGAAGGUGUCUGUCGUACAAAUAAUAAGCACAACUAAUCCGGCAACUUCAAUAACAAACAACUGGACGUCUGUUUUGGGGAGUGAAUGAGUUUACCGAUGAGAGAUCCAGUCAUUCCGGGCACAAGUAUGGCAUAUCAUCCCUUUUUACCUCACCGCGCUCCGGACUUCGCCAUGAGCGCUCUCCUGGGCCACCAGCCUCCAUUCUUCCCGGCACUUGCUCUGCCCCCGAACGGUGCAGCGCCGCUCUCCCUUCCGGGAGCCCUGGGAAAACCAAUUAUGGAUCAGCUGGUGGGCGCCGCCGAGACCGGCCUGCAUUUCUCCUCCUUGGGACACCAAGCUGCGGCGGCGGCAGCGGCGGCGGCAGCGCAUCUCAGGCCUCUGAAAAGUCUGGAGCCCGAAGAAGAUGUGGAGGAUGACCCUAAAGUUCAUCUGGAAGCCAAAGAGCUUUGGGAGCAGUUCCACAAGCGUGGCACUGAAAUGGUUAUCACGAAAUCCGGAAGGCGAAUGUUUCCACCCUUUAAAGUGAGAUGCACUGGUUUGGACAAGAAAGCCAAGUACAUUUUGUUGAUGGACAUUGUAGCGGCAGAUGACUGUAGAUACAAGUUCCACAAUUCUCGCUGGAUGGUGGCUGGCAAAGCUGACCCUGAAAUGCCAAAGCGGAUGUACAUUCACCCCGACAGUCCGGCCACUGGCGAGCAGUGGAUGUCCAAGGUCGUCAAUUUCCACAAACUUAAACUGACAAACAACAUCUCCGACAAGCACGGCUUUACCAUUCUCAAUUCAAUGCACAAAUACCAGCCGAGGUUUCACAUCGUCAGAGCCAACGACAUCCUCAAACUUCCGUACAGCACGUUUCGAACUUACGUGUUUCCUGAAACGGAAUUCAUAGCCGUGACUGCCUACCAGAACGAUAAGAUAACGCAGUUGAAAAUCGAUAAUAACCCUUUCGCCAAAGGGUUUCGUGACACUGGCAAUGGCAGGAGAGAGAAACGAAAGCAGUUAGCCUUGCAAUCCAUGCGAUCAUUUGAGGAACAGCAGAAAAAGGAAAACGGGACUUCGGACGACUCUUCCAGCGAACACACCCCCUUCAAGUGUUUCGGCCAAGUGUCCUCCCCCGCUGUGUCUACCAUGGGGGCCUCUACCCUUAAAGAAUUCUGCACAAGCGACGCAGAAAGCGACGAAGAAAAUAAAGAAGACCACACACAGGAAAGAAACGAAUCGAGCAAAGUCACCACCACGAGCACUGAAGACUCUAGGAAAGUGGGCGGAAGCCCCCCGAAAGCGGACUUGUUUUCUCCCGGCGAUUACGUAAGCAGGGUCCGCGACGAGCUACCUAAAACCGAAAAGAGCCUGGCAGACUCUCGGCACAGCCCGACCAGCACGGCGAGGACUCUGGGCAGGGAGGACCCCAAAAGCCCAAUCCGCGACCACUCCAAAUCGGACGAGUGCAGGUCGCUGAGCAAGGAGACCUUUGUACCCUUGACCGUCCAGACAGACAGCGGCACCCACUUGAGCCAGGGGCACCUGCAUAACUUUGGAUUUCCUGCCGGCCUGGCUGGGCAGCCGUUUUUCAACCCGCUGAGUGGGGCUCACCCGUUUCUCUUGCACCCCAGUCAAUUCAGCAUGAGCAAUGCCUUCUCAAACAUGGCGGCAGCGGGCAUGGGACCUCUGCUGGCAGCCGUCUCCUCUAGGGAUGUUAGUGCACUGGACACAGCUGGCAGCAUCGGCUCGUCACCGCAGGGACUUUCUGGGGCCUCGGCGCUCCCUUUCCACCUGCAGCAGCACGUCCUGGCAUCACAGGGACUGGCCAUGUCUCCCUUCGGAAGUCUUUUUCCCUACCCGUACACCUACAUGGCCGCCGCUGCGGCCGCCUCUUCGGCUGCCUCCUCAUCUGUCCACCGCCAUCCCUUCCUUAACGCAGUGCGCCCCCGUCUCCGCUACAACCCUUACUCGGUGCCCAUGACCCUGCCGGACAGCAGCACCCUGCUCACCACGGCGGCCCUCCCCGCCAUGUCCGCCGGAGCGGCUGACGCCAAGCCUACGAGCCCGGGCUCUGCCGGGCUGGACUCCACCUCGGAGCUCAACAGCAGGUCGUCGACCAUGUCCUCCGGAUCGGUGUCCCUGUCACCCAAACUGUGCUCCGAAAAAGAGUCGACGAACGAACUGCAGAACAUUCAGCGCUUGGUUAGCGGGCUGGACUCGAAACAGGACAGAUCGAGGAGCGGCUCGCCAUAGAAGAGUGGAGAGGAGAAGGCACGCCGGGCGAAGGGUGCGGAGAUCCAUUCCGAAAUUGUGGAUUUGCUGGUUGAUUUUUGUUUUCCCCUCCCAAUGCACUUUGUUCACAAACGUAAAAAAAAGAAAGAAAAAUCUGCUUCGACUACCUAAUACGUUAAAGAAAGUCGACCUGGAGACCUGAACGCGUUAGCGAGUGUGUGAUGCUGCUAAGUGACCUCCUCAGCACACGGCUGAUGGCCCCGGACAUUUGUCACAUGAAAUGGCGACUUUCUGCUCCUGUUCCUAGUUUAGCCUGUGUCAGGGUAUGCUGUGGUUCGUAUCAGUUACAUGCAGACGAUAUACGGUGAUGUUUGAGAAAUGCGACUUCAAGGCUUUGCAUGCCUUCACAUAUCCAUGUUACUUUUUAUUAAUGAGUAUUUACCUAUUGGAAUUUCAACAUAUUUGUUUUUUAAUACUCAAGAUUAUAAUAAAUGGUUUUGGGGGGGGGGGGGGGGAUGUGUAAAUUUCGAUAUGUGAUUAAAAACAGGGGAGGGGAAUUUAAUUCGAGUCGGGAAAGAUAACUCAAUCUAGGACUAUUAAAGUAUUUAUGUAAUUAUUUGGCAUAAAGUGUACAUAUGUUGAAUUUGAAUACUCAAAACUUUACGUUUAAUUUAUUGAUGUUGUACAUAGGUGUGUAAAUAAAAAAACAAAA